GUGAACCUAACUCGUUCUCUCAUUCCAAGUAUUUAUGAGUUCUGGGCCCAAAGCGCUGUUCCGCUGUGAAAAGUAUGUUUCAUGGUAGUGAAGUAUUAAAUUAUUGUAGUUCUGUGCUUUGUUAUUCUCCUGCACUCUAUCAGCCACUAGCAGUAAUUGCUAGUUAUCAGUCAUUGGUUGUACGUUGUUUUUGAAAUAUCCAUCAGUGUCCAUGUCGAAAUUAUAACGUUAAAAUCACCGAUUAAAGUGAAUGAAGACUGGUGUGAAAAUUUAAUUGUCGCACAGUAGGUGUACGUAAUAACGAGAUAUGAUAAAUACAAGGAAUGGGAAUUCCUGUUGAGUGAGCUGCUGUGCCAAUUGACUAGUGAAUUCUUCAAAAUAAUCAAUUAUAAUUAGUCAGACACCUAUCAGAAGGGAUUGCAUUGUCUAUGCCUCGUUGUAUAUCUUUUUAUGGAUUCAACCGUAGCUGAAGCGAUAUGGAGACACAAGGGUAAACAGUAACCUGAUUUUUCGUCAUUGAGACACCCUCGAAAAACUCUUUGCCAAAUUGUCACUUCCAUCAAGCCUUUAUAUUAGAUGACAAAAUACCAUCAUUACACCAAUCAGUGGCGUCAACUCAGUGAUCAUCGAGGAGGCAAACUGUUGAACAUUGGAGAAAAAAAAUUCAACUGUAACCACGGCUUUCACGGAGAUGGUUGGUUUGGCGGGCGGGGGAACUCAUCUCUAUCCCUCGCCCCAAAUGCAGCCUAAUACUGAGUUGAGAGAAAUGACUGGAAUCACCCCAAGUGCACCAACAAGUGCUGAUGCUUGUCUCAGCAUCGUUCAUUCUCUUAUGUGCCAUCGCCAAGGGGGUGAGAGUGAAGGAUUCAGCAAACGUGCCAUUGAAUCUCUGGUGAAAAAGCUCAAGGAAAAACGAGACGAAUUAGACAGUCUCAUUACUGCCAUAACAACCAACGGUGCACAUCCUAGUAAAUGUGUGACAAUACAAAGAACGCUCGACGGUAGAUUGCAAGUAGCAGGACGAAAGGGUUUCCCCCACGUGAUAUACGCUAGGAUAUGGCGAUGGCCGGAUCUCCACAAAAACGAAUUAAAGCACGUUAAAUAUUGUCAGUUUGCUUUCGAUCUCAAAUGUGAUUCCGUUUGCGUAAAUCCAUAUCAUUACGAGAGAGUUGUCUCCCCUGGAAUAGACCCGUUCUUUACAGACCUCUCAGGAUUGACUCUGCAGUCUGGGGUCGGUGUGGGCCCUGGGGGCCGCCUCGUCAAGGAUGAAUAUACAGUUGGAGGUGGUGGUGUAACUGGGGCAGCCUCUGGAGUUGGUGUCACUACAGGGAUGGACGUUGAUAGCGAAUUAAAUCAGACAAUUCAGCAUCACCCACCACCGCCGCAGCAGUCGGCACCAACCAAUUCCCAUCAACAAAAUCCACAGCAGUACUUGCCAUCCUUAUCAGCGACAAAUUCAGCCAAUGGUGAGGGUAUAUUCGGAGGGGGCACAGGGGAUAGUGUUAAUCCACACACGAAACUAGAGGAGGGUAACUGUCAAAGACAGACUUGGAUACCAACGCCUCAUCACAUCAAUGCAAGAAACAUGCAUCAUUCUGUGGUGCAUCAAAUGGGUCAUCCCUCGGCAAAUCCUCAACAGCAACAACAGCCACAGCAACCCCAGCCUCAACCCCAACAACAGUCCCAACCCCAACCGACCCCAUCGCAACAAUCCCAACAACCAUUGAAUCCAGCGAAUGGCAGUGGCAGCACUCAGAUAUUGAGUUCAACUCAAGGCCAAACUGAUCAAUUUUACUCGACUGGAACCCCCGGCCAGGAUCUGAACCAAGCGACUGGCGGACCAACAGUGGACGCCCUUACGGCGUCCUUAGCAGCUGGAACAAGCCAAAGUUCCCCAGUGUCACCCGUUCACCUGCACCACGAGAAUGGUUUCAACGUGGCAGCAGCAGCGAUUCCCUACAACACAGGUGCUCCCCAGUGGACAGGAGCAAAUACCCUGACUUACACACAGACGAUGCAACCCCCAGACCCAAGACAUCUCCAUCCAACCUCGUACUGGGGUGCACAUGGUAAUGACGUUAGUGGCAAUCUUGGAGGCCUCUUGUCGAGUCAACCAGCUCCAGAGUACUGGUGCUCAGUUGGAUACUUCGAGCUGGACACCCAGGUGGGUGAGACAUUCAAAGUCAGCAGUGGAUGCCCAACAGUCACAGUAGAUGGUUACGUAGAUCCCAGUGGUGGCAACAGAUUCUGUCUAGGCGCAUUGAGCAAUGUUCACAGAACAGAACAAAGCGAACGAGCAAGACUGCACAUUGGUAAAGGCGUUGUCCUGGAUUUGCGUGGGGAGGGUGAUGUUUGGCUUCGAUGCCAGAGUGAACACAGUGUUUUUGUUCAGUCGUACUAUCUUGAUAGGGAAGCAGGGAGAGCUCCUGGUGAUGCUGUUCACAAGAUCUAUCCUUCAGCGUACAUUAAAGUUUUCGACCUGAGACAGUGCCACAAGCAGAUGAGGGGCCAAGCUGCCACUGCACAAGCUGCUGCUGCUGCACAAGCAGCUGCUGUAGCUGGUCAUCUCACUCAUGGGGCGCCCAUCACCAAGAAUCUCAGUGCAGCUGCCGGCAUUGGUGUGGAUGACCUUCGACGACUCUGCAUCCUUCGACUGAGUUUUGUUAAGGGCUGGGGCCCUGAUUACCCCAGGCAAAGCAUCAAGGAAACACCCUGUUGGAUUGAGGUACAUCUUCAUCGUGCACUUCAACUUCUCGAUGAAGUGCUUCAUACGAUGCCCAUCGACGGCGCCCGAGCUAUCGAGUAAAUCAUUAAAUACUCUGUUUCAACUUGUUUUGACAUCAACAAAUUGCACCUGCUAAUGAAUCGCGGGACUUGGACCUCGCGGUUUUGGCUUGAAUGAGGUACAAAUUUUUGGAAAAUAUUUACACUUGUAUCAGCAGCAACAACAGUCAGCAAUCUACUCGACGGAGAUGAAAUGGAGGGGAAUUUUACCGCGAAAUUAUUUUUAACCGAAAUUUUAUUGAGAGAAGAGAUAUAUUUUAAUAAAAGGACGAAAUGCGAGGCAAUCUUUUGGAUUACUGAACUCGAGUGUCGCUUUUAUGCUUUGAGGGAAUGAAUGAUGUUUGAGGGGCAUGAGUUUAAUGCAGAAAUGGGGGAAAUAGAUAAUAUGAUUAUCUGUGUAGGUUGUUCAUUUUUUUUUGGAAUUGCUGUUAGCCCAUUGAUUCAUUCACUUUUUACAUUGAUGACUGUAACUGAUUGAUGACACACAUUGUUACAUCCCUUUAAUUUUCUCUAUGUAUUUCACAAAAAUCUAAUGGAGAAUAACAGUCAGAGAAUUAAAAUAAGCGAAGAGUUGGAGGGCUCUUCCAGAUUUGAACAGCUGAUCAUGUGAUCAUUGCAACAAGGAUUAGGCAUAAAUUAACAGAAAAUAAUAGCCUUGCGAGUAUUAUCAACAAUGAGAAGAUAGCGAUGAUAUGAAGACCACUUUUCAUUUCAGACCGAAAUGUGCCAUCUCUUAACUGAAAAUAAAU